GCCUCCUCAACUACUGAAGCAGUUGAGCAGAGCGCAGCGCGAAACGCGAGGCGCACGGCACAGACUCUGGCUAGCGGCUGCACGUACGGGCUCACCUCACACCAGCCCGCUCCCUUGCUCCCUUCUUGCUUGAAGAAAAACCUGCUUGUCAUCAUCCUGUUUGGAAAUAGUCAACAUCAUUAGAGGAGGAGCAAAUGGUGAUUCAGUGACGUUUUGUUCUCAAAGCAGAACAGAGUGCUUGUCUUGUUCUGUCAGAAAAUAACAACACUGAUAUACCCGAAAUUCAGCUUGCAUUUCAUAUUUGGCUUCCCUGCCAGAAUUUUAUGUUUUGUUUCUUAACCAAUUAGAAAUACAUGCUGUUACAUUUUGUACUUUUGAAAAAAAGAAACUAACAAGGUUGGUUUCUGCUAAGCAUGGUUAUUAUGGAUUUCGCAAUGUAACAUCAAGACAGUGAAUUAGUAUACAGUCUAAAGAAAUGGAUACUUCAGUAUGUAGUGCAUUAGAUAAAAAAGUGGCACCUGCUUUCUCAGCAAGUUGUAAAAAUAGAAAGCAUGCUUCAAACAGCAGUAGUAAAAGUACCCAAGUCAUCAAAGAAGUAUCAGAUGAAGCUUUGACAGAAACAUGUUUCUCAGAGCCUGAUUUGCAGUGCCGUGGUUCCUUGCCCUCUUUUCUCUCACAUUCUCCCAAAUUACUGAUAUCUUGCAGUUGUCAUACAAAGGACGUCUGGGAGAGAAAAACUGGAGCAUCAAGUUCCAUCUUAGGAUUUCACAGUAUUUAUGGCUCUCACUCUACUCAAGGUCACUAUCCAAAUAGUUUCCGUUGUAGCCAGCUGUGCCAGACAUGUGAUCCACUGGUAUCAGAGAGUGUCUUCUUGGAUACCAACAUUUCCACAAAACAGGACAGCACAAAUCUGGAAGAUGAGCUACAGUCGCAAAUGGAAAGCUGUUGUUCAAUUUUUCAAGGCGCAGUUGAUGAUGGUUGUGCUAAUGAAACUUCAGUUACUUCACGCUCAAAUGAUAAUACAGAAAAGAAAAAGAUGGUGCCCUGUGAGUAUUGCAAAAACAGAGGCAGGGAUCAGCAGUGUCAUUUACUUAAUUCAUGUAGACUCCUUGCUUCUGAAACUGGUGUGAACUGUUCUGGCAGUUGCAGCACAAUGGAUGUUACAGGAAGUCACCAAAGUCAGGAUUCAAUAUGUCGUAGAACUUCAUGGAUUAAAACUAGGAAUUUAAUCUUGGAAAGGACAAGUAAAAAAAUUAAAUAUUCACCUAAUGGUUUUGGUGUCAAGUUUUGUCAAGAUAGAACAGAUUAUAGGAUACCAGACAAUACUCGAUUCCAUGUUACUGAGCAGUGGACUGAGAAUUGCAUUGUUCAGAGCAAAAAAGACCGCUCAACUAUGUUGAUAAGGAGGUUUUACAAAAAUAACAGGGAAGUGAAAAAGUCUGUUUACACUGGCACCAGAGCAAUAAUAGCAGCUCUUCCUUCUGGCCAUAUUGGAGAAGAUGCCCUCAGUACUUUUUACAGAAAACCACAAAAUGAAUAUGAAAAACAUUCUGUAUCACUGAUGGAAUGCUUUGGUCUUCUCCAAUGUACUAAUCUUCAGUCAUGCAGUGUGUUUAAUUUUAUUGACAAAUUAGUACACUCCGAGAUCCACAAUGCUUUGAGACUUAAAGAGGGAGAAAGGACCCUUAGCAACCUGCUGCAUCCUUCCAGAAAAUUCUUUGUCUCAGGGGCAGCUUAUAGAAGAGGUGACAACAUCUGCCAUAUAAAGUCACGUAUCCAUGAUGCUUCAUAUAACUACCGUGUGACACUCCACAGAACAUCUCUGUCUUGUUUUAUGCAUGGUGCACUGCUAGAGGCAACCACAUCUCUUGGAGCAAGAAGUGGACUACUAAACAUAAUUGGAGGCUCAACUGGCAGACUAGUGCUCAAAGAUCGUCAGUUGUACUCAACCAUGGCGGGUUCAAAUGCUGUACCAUCAAAUGUAGCAGGCAUCAGUAAAGAACUUGUGGAUUUAAGGCAUCUGAUCCAGUUUCCUGAAGAGAUUGCCAGCAUUCUGACAGAACAAGAGCAAGAACUAUACUGCAGAGUUCUUCCUAUGGAUUACCUUUGCUUCUUAACUAAGGAUUUGAGCAGCAUAGAUUGUCAGCACAGGCAGUCUCUUCUUAAAAUGUCUGUGGCUGCACCUGCCUUCUCUGAAAAUAGCAUCAGCAGCAAUACCAUUGAAGAUCUUGUUGCACGCUUUAAUGAGGUAAGCACUUGGGUAACAUGGCUGAUUCUCACUGCUGGCUCCAUGGAAGAGAAACGAGAAGUCUUUUCUUAUCUUAUUCAUGUAGCAAAGUGCUGCUGGAAUAUGGGAAACUACAAUGCUGUGAUGGAGUUCCUUGCAGGUCUGAGGUCUCGAAAAGUGCUUAAAAUGUGGCAGUUUAUGGAUCAGUCAGACAUUGAAACUAUGAGAAGUCUGAAGGAUGCAAUGGCACAACAUGAAUCUUCAGCAGAAUAUAGGAAGCUAGUGAACAGGGCCCUUAACAUCCCAGGCUGUAAAGUUGUGCCUUUCUGUGGUGUUUUCCUCAAGGAGCUUUGUGAUGCUCUUGAUGGAGCGGCAAGCCUCAUGAAAUUGCACCCUGGAUUAAUCUCAGAAGAUGAAACAAUUGAGUUUGUCGCAGAUUACAAUGGACAGGAUAACUUCCUACUGCGAGUUGGCAAGGAGGGUCUAAACAAUACUGAGAAAGAAAGUACAGUUAGCAAUAUACUGCAGACGAUUCGCAGCUGCAACCGGAGUCUGGAGUCUGAAGAAGGAGAGGAGACAAUUAGUGAAGGUACUGGAUCACGCAAAAACUCCUUUAAAGACAAGAACAAAUUCCACUCCUCUUCUGUGAGAAAAACAUCUGAGUCCAACCGUGUGCUAUUUGUAGUUGGAGACCUCUCAGAUUCAGAAGGAGAUUUAUUUGAGCAGACCAAGGAUAUGGAUUUUCAAGGAACAGAAGAACAACAGAAGGCUUUCAACCAUGAUACUGAACUUAUCCCUUGGUAUGUUUUAUCUAUUAAGCCUGAUGUCCACCAGUUUUUACUCCAAGGGUCUACAGUCAUUCAUUAUGAUCAAGAAACUCAUCUCUCUGCUCGCUGCUUGUUAAAGUUGCAGCCUGAUAACUGUUUUUUAACCUGGUCUAAGUCAGCAAAUUGUUGUCCAUCAAAUAUUAAAAUGAAGAAUGUUUUACCAGGUAACAGUGGUGAACUUAGCUUUUGUAAGUUACAGUUUUGUGGACAAGUAGGACUAAAUGGACUCUCUGAUGGGUUCUUGGACUUAUAUGCAGUAAAAGCCGUAUAUAUGGGCCAUCCAGGAAUUGAUAUGCAUGCUGUUUGCAUUCAAAACAAACUAUGUAAUAUGUCAUUGGAAGAGAGUGGGAUCACGUUACUGUAUGGUGUGCAUACUACUGAUAAUAAGCUGCUGCACAUUGUGGCUCCAGCUUAUACUGCCAAAAUGCUUUAUGAUGGACUGCAACAAUUGGUUUCUGCUGUGAGAAAAAUGAAGAAAUUUCCUGAUCAGAGGCUUCAGUGGCUGAGAAGACAGUACAUCAGUUUAUAUCAGGAGGAUGGUAAAUAUGAGGGACCAACACUAGCUCAAGCCAUUGAAUUAUUUGGAGGUAGGCGGUGGAAUUCAGGCAAUUCAAAUACAGGAACAAUGACAAAAGUUGUUGAGAAGCCUGCUGUACAGAGGAACAGUACUCUUGGAAUCAACUCAACAAAAAAGAAAAAGAAGGUAUUUAUGAGGGGAGAUAGUGGAGAUGCUACAGAUGAUGAGAUGGUGCCUCGAAAACCAAAAACAUAUAAAGAAACCCGUAUUAGGAGUGGCUCUGACCCUCCAGAGUUUGUAGAGCAAGAAGAAUCUGACGAGAGCUGUAGGAUUGGUUUUACUGGAGUCAGCACCCUACCAUCAAGAAAAUCUCAAUCUCUGGCUGUCUCUGGCUCCUCUAGUUUAGCGUUGACGUGUCCAGUCAGACCUGCUUCCUCUCCAGUACUAUCACAGUCUAAUAAAGGCCAAUCAUACACAUGGAGCAGUCGAAGCUGGCAUGGCCGCAGUAAAGGCUUAAAAGGUUUUCAAAACUUAAUGAUCUCAGAUAGUAACAUGAGUUUUACAGAAUUUGUGGAGCUCUUCAAAUCUUUUAGUAUUCGAAGCCGGAAAGAUCUUAAGGAUCUAUUUGAUAUUUAUGCUUUGCCAUGUAAUCGCCUGGGAUCUGAAGCCACUCCUCUCUAUACAAAUUUGUCAAUAGAUGAUAAUAUAUGUGGCCUGCAACCAGACUUAGACCUUCUCACUCGUAAUGGGUCCGAUCUUGGACUGUUCAUAAGAAGCAGACAACAAAUGUCUGAUAAUCAAAGACAGAUCUCUGAUGCAAUAGCAGCUGCUAGUAUUGUAACUAAUGGAACUGGAGUUGAAAGCACAACAUUGGGAGUACUAGGAAUGGCCAUUCAACAGCUGAAUGAUUUCCUUGUGAACUGUCAAGGAGAACAUCAUACUUAUGAUGAAAUUCUUAGUAUAAUCCAGAAGUUUGAGCCGUCUUUGAGUAUGCGCCAACAAGGGUGGAUGUCAUUUGAAGGGUUUGCAAGAUUUCUGAUGGACAAGGACAAUUUUGCAUCAAAAAAUGAAGAAUCUCAGAUGAACUUGGAAGAUCUACAGUAUCCAUUGUCAUAUUAUUAUAUAGAAUCAUCACAUAAUACAUAUCUCACAAGCCAUCAGCUUAAGGGAGAAUCUUCUGUGGAGCUUUACAGUCAGGUGCUUAUACAAGGUUGUAGAAGUGUAGAGUUGGAUUGCUGGGAUGGAGAUGAUGGCAUGCCUGUAAUAUACCACGGACAUACACUUACUACAAAAAUUUCAUUUAAGGAUGUCGUGGAAGCUGUCAAUCGAAGUGCAUUUAUCAAUUCAGACUUGCCAGUUAUUUUGUCAAUUGAGAAUCACUGUUCCUUGCCUCAGCAGCGCAAGAUGGCUGAAAUAUUUAAGAAUGUUUUUGGUGAAAAAUUGGUGACCAGGUUUUUAUUUGAGAGUGACUUCUCAGAUGAUCCACUUUUGCCAUCGCCAUUGCAACUGAAGGGUAAAAUUCUAUUGAAAAAUAAGAAAUUGAAAGCACACCAAGCUCCUGUUGAUAUACUGAAACAAAAGGCUCAUCAACUUGCUUUUAUGCAGGCUCAAAAUAGCAAUGGCAGCCCAGCAACUAAUUCACUGACUAACAAUGAAGAAGAUGAGGAUGAAGAAGAUGAAUAUGAUUACGAUUAUGAAUCAUUGUCUGAUGCUGACGUCCUUACCGUCUCUCCUGCUACUAAUGGCCAGGAAGACAACAUUCUUGAUGAUCGAUCGGAGGGAAGAUCAUCAAGUGAUCGUUUUCAAUUUGAAUACAAUGAAGAGACUCCCAAAAAAAUCAAGAAAGCAGACAAUAACAACAAGGGAAAGAUUUUUGACAUGGAACUUGGUGAAGAAUUUUAUCUUCAAAACAAGAAGGAAAGUCGUCAAAUAGCUCAAGAACUCUCUGAUCUAAUUAUAUAUUGCCAGGCAGUAAAAUUUCCAGGCCUUUCAACUCUGACUCCACCAGGAUCUGGCAGAGGAAAAGAGAGAAAGAGCAGGAAGUAUAUCUUUGGCGCCAAUCCUGGCAAAAUGAGCCCUGGGGAAUCCAUGACACUUGUUAAAGCAUCUGGAAAAGGCUCUUUAGACAACAUGCGACUCAGUUGGGAGGAAUCCUCUGCUUCAUCGUCUCCUCCUCCUCCUCUCUCUCUUCCUUCUUCUACACUUAGUCCAAAUACUUCACUGAGUGCAAUUAUUCGGACACCUAAAUGCUAUCAUAUCUCUUCUGUCAAUGAGAAUGCAGCAAAACGUCUCUGUAGGAGAUAUUCACAGAAGCUAAUUCAGCACACUACUUGCCAGCUACUGAGAACAUACCCAGCUGCAACAAGAAUUGACUCUUCAAAUCCACAUCCUCUUAUUUUUUGGCUGCAUGGGAUUCAGCUGGUGGCACUGAAUUAUCAAACAGAUGACCUUCCCAUGCAACUGAAUGCAGCAAUGUUUGAGGAAAAUGGUGGUUGUGGAUAUGUUUUAAAGCCACCAGUUCUCAGGGACAAAAGCUGCCCAAUGUACCAGCAGUUCUCACCUUUAGAAAGAGAUGUUGAGAGUAUGGGUCCUGCUGUUUUCUCUUUAAUUAUUAUUUCUGGGCAGAAUGUCUGUCCUGGUAACACAUUAGGGAGCCCCUGUGUUGAAGUAGAUGUACUUGGAACACCAGCUGACAGUUGCCACAUGAGAACCAAACCUAUUCAUCGCAACACCUUAAAUCCUAUGUGGAAUGAACAAUUCCUUUUCCAUGUCUACUUUGAGGAUCUGGCUUUUAUUCGCUUUGCAGUAGUUGAAAAUAACAGCUCUGCUGUCACUGCUCAACGCAUAAUUCCAUUGAAGGCACUAAAAAGAGGGUACAGGCAUUUACAGCUGAGAAAUCUUCACAAUGAGCCGCUGGAAGUAUCAACACUGUUUAUUUACAGUAGGAGGACAGAAGAGAAUCCUAAUGGGACAACUGUACCUACUUCAUCCUUGUUUAGAUCUGAAGAAAGACAAGCUACGUCCAUCAAAGUAACAGUUCAUGGGGUGCCAGGCCCUGAGCCUUUUAUUGUCAUCACUGUGAAAGAAAAGGCAACGGCCAGAGAACUCAUUGAAAAAGUACUUCUCCUAAAGAAAAGUUCAAUAUCUGAUGCUAAUGAUUACUAUCUGCUGGAAGAGAAAGUAUUUCUGCAAAAGGAUAAGAGUGAAUGCAAAAAGCAACCAUUUCAGCGUGUCCUUGGGCCCGAGGAGGAAGUGGUAAAAGUAAUCGACAGUUGGUUUCCAGAAGAAGGCUACAUGGGAAGAAUCAGUCUGAAAACUAAAGAGGAUAAUCUCAAUCAAAUAAACUCUGUCACGGAAUUGCUGGAGGAUUAUAAUUCCAGUGCCGAAGAAGACAGCUUCUAUGUUCAGGUGCAUGAUGUCUCACCAGAACAGCCACGCACAGUCAUCAAAGCUCCAAGGAUGAGCUCCGCACAGGACAUCAUUCAACAGACACUCAGCAAGGCCAAAUAUUCAUACAGCAUCUUAAACAACCCCAAUCCAAAUGAUUAUGUACUUGUGGAGGAGGUCAUCAAAGAGCCUGUCAGUAAGAGGGCAUCAGCGUCUAAGCCCUCCCAGCGCAUACUCUUUGAUAAUGAGAGUGUUUUCCAUGCUCAAAGCAAGUGGAAAGGAGCAGGCAAAUUCAUUCUCAAGCUCAAAGAGCAGGUUCAGACUGUGCGGGAUGACAAGAAGAAGUGCAUUUCUUUUGCUAGUGAACUGAAGAAAUUAACCAAAUCAGGAAAACAAAACCGAAGCUCUUUGGGUCCAGCUACACUGACAUCUGCUGACAACGGUCAGAGCCAGUGUCAAGACGGACUUGAAGGCCUAGCGGAAAUCAGCGGAAGAGCUGCAGGAAGGGUGAACUGGCAUGUCAGUGCAAACUCUUCUUCUACGUGGUCAUUCCCUCUACUCAGGAACUGGAAAUUACACAAGUGAUGCCAGGAGUUGGACGUUAAUUUCAAGAAUCACAUGUUGGAAAAUGAGCUGAGCAACACUUUUAGGUGGAAGGUUUUAUCAGAAGCCUCAGCCUGAUACAUUUGCCAGCCAUGCACCGUAGUGAAGAACCAUAACAGCCUGCACUUGAAAUGCACGGGCUCAAGAGCUGCCUGCAAGCUGCAAGUUUAAGGUGAAAUGGCCUGUCUUGUGUAUUUUGUCUUGGAGGUAUUCCCUGUUAAAGUCCAGACUGUCAUGUACCUUGAUUUUGAUGUUGUGCCGUUAUAAUUUUAUUGUGUUUCAAAUUUGAAUGGCACAAACUCUGUCUGUGUGGCUUCCAUCGCCAAACAUCGUGCCACCCAAGAGGCCUGAAGCAAGGAGCACACAAGCAGCCAUGCCACAGGCUUUGAAGGUCAGGGUUAUGAGGCGCUGGUGUUUUGUCCGGAGGACACUUCAGUCUUGGGCUUUGGUUUUAUACAAAUGGUAGUGUGUCAUGCAGGCUCAGGGAGCUCAUUUACUUGAAUUUGAUGGAAGGCUUUUGUUUGAUUAUCAGUUCUUUGUUUAACUCGAGAGGAUAUCAGCAAAGUGUCUACUACUCUUUCUAUAUAUAAGGAGGUUUGUUUGAAAUAUUCGAGCGUAAAAUUGGCAGUUUUUCUUUUUUGUUAGAAGACACAUUCCAGGGCAUUGAAAGCACCGCUGUGGUGCACAACAUGAAGAACUGCUUCUGAUUCAUUAAUAUCCAGUUGUCUUCAGCUGAAAUCUGUUUUACUUUUCUUCGAUUUUUUUUUUUGUUACACUCUUUGGAACUUUUAUAUAUUUUUUUGUUCCUCAUUUUGGAAUUGCUCAAACUUUGCUAUGAAGUGUCAGGCAUCUCCGAUCUGAACUAAAAAAGCAAACAGUUGCACCCGGACGUUCUUCACCUUUUUUUGUUUUUAUUCUUGACUUUUUUUUGAGCUCCACUGCUUUAGACUGCACCCUCAAUGCCGCAGGCUGCUCAUACGGCCUUGUCAGCAGUGGCUUGGUGGUGGAUGAUCACCUCACUGGGAUUGUCCUAGUCGUGUGUCCGAGUUUCACCCUCAGUUGUGAGACUUUUCUUGAAUUUCUCCUAGUGUGAAUUCCUUAGCUCAAGGUUCUCCUUGGAGUAGUUGAUGCCAUGAUGUUUCAUCUCUGAAGCUGACACUGUUCAAGUACAGGCACCGACUCUGCUCCUGUUUAGUUGUUCUUGAAGAAUGGAUUCGGCCGACUCCUAGUUCAUUCAGUAUCUAAUAAAUCACACGUUGCUACUCUUCAGUUCCUCAGCGCAACUCUCUCCAUGGUGGAAACAUUUUCUUCUGUUGUUGAUGGAAGGCCGGCCAGAUCCUUGGGUUAUUUUCAAGAGACAACCUGCCUUGAUGGCCAUAUGUGCUCCAUGGCUCGACUGUGGCCGACUCUGGCACACGUUACUGUAUGAACAGAAUGUGAACGGCUUUGGCGAUUGUGCCAAGGAGUCCCAGCAUGGCAAACAGGGUGAUUUCCCUUGGGGAUGUUUAUUUGAUUUUGGAGCUUUUUCACUCAGCAGCUGCAUGUUCUGAUAUUUUGAAGACAUUUAAGGUAGCGGCCAGGAUGACUCUCGGCUAGCACACCAGACACACUUAAUGAAGUGAAUUUUGACUUCCCAUGUGAUGGAAUAUUAAACAGAGGGCGACGUCUCUGAAGGAAGCUCCAGUCACUAGGAAUGCCAGCACUGCUUCAUGUGAAGUUGAACAGAGCAGACCUCCUGAAAGAGAGCCAGCCAGGCACACGUGGCUUCACUUCCUCCCGCUGAAGCUCCUGACAGCACAACAGGAGACAAAAAUGGGCAAGAGAAGCUCAAGCAACAGUAAGAGACAGUGUUACAAACACAAAAUGUGUCGCGCCAGAGGAGCUCAUUGGACCGAAUGAGACGACAGGCCGUGCUGCUUUGGUUUCAGUGUUUUCAUGGAUUCUAAAGGAACGGUUACAGGUUUUUGUUUGGUUUUGUUUUCCAGUUGACGUACUUUAUUGUGUCACAAAACGGAUAACUUCAUCCUCAAGGUGAUUAUUUAACAGCCUUUAUUUGUUUGCAUGUUGUACUUGACUUUGUGUGUAAAUACUGUACAUAGCUCUUAAUAUUCUUGUAAAUGAUAAGAAGAUGAUGUGUCAGUGGUGAACGAGCUGCUCUACAUGCUGACCCCGAUGGCCAAAUCCUGACGCGCACACAGCUGUGCACUCUGCUCUCCCCGCACGUCCCACCAGACCUCCAUGACGUCACUUCUGUGCGGCUUUGGACUUGCAGCACACAAUGCCCAGCCUACUUUUAGGAAGAGGGCCGCUCACCAUUUAACAAAGCUCUUCUUUUUUUUUAGCAUUGACUUUUGUAAGUAAAAACAGAACUGAAAUGAAGGGUUCAACAAAUGUGUAAUUUAUUUGUUUUAAGAGCUGUGGUUUUGUAAUGACAAUUGUGAUGUUUGGUGAACAUUGCUGUGUAUUUAUGUGAAAUGUAAUUUAUUUAGAUCUUGAAUAAGCAGAAGCCGAUUUGCAUGGCCUCCAGUCAAAUGUGAGCGAACGUCUCACCAUCAGCCUUUACCACUUCGCAAGCGAUUGGUCGACUUCAGCUUUAACUUAAUUAGAAACUCUACCAUGUUAGGCGGCUACAAGCCAGAAAUGUCAACUUGCAGAAGCCCUGGGGCCUCCUUGUGUGCGUCGAGACAUUAGCCUGCAGCCCGGCACACGGGGAUGGCACCUGAAUAUACUCGCCUCACAGGUUCAGUCAACGUGCCAGCAUGGCGUCCUGCUGGUGCUUCACCCAUUCUGUAUGUCGCUACUUUUAUAUGAUGGCUGUUCAAUUAUAAAGUGAACUUAUUGCUCAUGUGUUGGCUUUCACCUAGAGCAUUAAAUCCUAAAUGUAACACCAUUGUAUACGAAAUAAAGUGCAAUGGUCAUGCUCAUGGAUACUGAUGCCCGUCAGACUUGGUUUCAUUUUCUGCUGAUGUUGGUGUGACCACCGUUGCCGAUUAUAACGGAGAUAUUUGGAUUGUGGUUUUAGAUGUUACAGGCCCGUGGGACCGGUUGUGUUUAUUCAUUUGUACAAGUGACGGACUCUGCUUACGGUAGAAGAAAGCAGAGGCCUACGACAUAAACAACUUUGGGAAAUGCCCCACUGCUGGAGUUUUUUCUCUUUUUUUGUACUGCCCGCUUAUAUAAAGUUGUAUGACAGAAAGGCCGCCUGCUGUAGCCAAGCCUCAGCUCCCCCUCAUCAACCAUACAAACCCCCAAUAACGAGCACAGCCAGACAUGAAGCACACCUCAGAGAAAUGCUGGUUGUCAUUGGUGCUGGAAAUUGGCCACUAUCCUUGGUAGGAAGCUACGAGCCAGACAUUUAAUAAGCUCCAAUUUAUUAAUGUUACCUAUCUGUGCCAUCUGUGUGCAGAUUUUUACAUUUUUCUAAAGUUAAAAGAAGCACAUUUAACACAUUUUAUACACACACACCCCAAUCAGCCACCACCACAUUAAAACCGGCACCCUAAUACUGUGUACAUCCCCCUUGUGCCAACAAAACGGCUCUUUGUAGCACGGACCCCACAAGAUCGGCACCAAGACAUCACCAGCAGUCCUGUAAGUUGUGAAGUUGGGCCUCCAUGCAUGGAGCACAUCCCACAGUGGGACAUGAAAAAGAUGUCACCUGGACUGGGAGCAUUUGUUGCCCUAAAACCCGUUUAUACCUUUCAGCACUGAUGUUGUCUUUCCAGAUGUGCAAGCUGCCAAUUCCACAGGCACUAAUGCACCCCCAUAGCAUCAGAGGUGCAGGCUUUUGAAAUGAGUGCUGAUAACAAGCCAGGUGGACCCCCACCUAUUCAGUCUGGAGGCCACAGCAUCCAUGUUUUCCUAAAAGAUUUUCACGUUUUGAUUCUUCUGCCCACAGAAGUGUUCCACUUUGCCUCGGUCCAUUUUAAAUGAGCUUUGGCCCAGAGAAGAGGGUGGCGUUUCUGGAUCAUGUUCACAAAUGGCUUCUUCUUUAUAUGUUGGAGCUUUAACCUGCACUUGGGGAUGGCACAGUGAACUAGGUUCACAGACAAAGUCAGGCCCGUUCUGAAUGAUGUGCCACCAAGGGCCCGAAGACCCAACACUGAUGUUCGGUGGUGUCCUGUGUGCAAAGAGAUUUCUCCAGAGUCUCUGAAACCUCUGAUGAUGUGAUGUACUGUAGAUGAUGAGAUAUUCAAAGUCUUCAUAAUUUUACGUUGAACAUUAUUGUUCCACAAUUUGCCAUCUUCUGCAGAUUGGCAAACCUCUGCCCAUCUUUACUUUUGGGACUCUGCCUUUCUAAGCUGCCCAUCAUGUUACUAAAUUCAAAAGGUCUCACUUUCAAUAUUUGAUGUUUUCUGUGCUCUAUUUGGAAUAAAAUAUGGUUUAUGACAUUU